UCGGCUCGACCCUUUCUAGGGUUUUAGCAGAAUCUCUGCAACUCCAAUCGGAGCUUAAACAAGAAUGGCGACCAAAUCACUGAUCCGAAACGGAGCUUCGCUGGCGAACCGGCUCCUGACGAAUCCUCUCCUUCGCCGGAACCCUAGCCCGACCCAGCGCGUCGUUUCUCCGAGCUUCGAGAUCGCGCCGAGCCUGUUCCCUUCCGUCCCCAAAUCCGACGCCUCUCUCCAUCUGUACCAGAGCGAUGUCGAUUCGCUCGAUCGAGUCCCUUCUCACCGUUUCCUUCAUCCUUUCGGCCUCCCGUCUCUUAGCUUCUUCCUACCGGACGGUGAUAUGAACUCAUCGAGUGAUCCAAUGCUCUUAUCCACAAAGCGGACAUACCAGCCCAGUACCAUUAGGCGUAAGAGGACACACGGAUUCUUUGCUCGAAAGUCAACCAAGGGUGGUCGGAGAGUCAUUGCUCGAAGAAUAGCAAAGGGCAGGUCAAGAAUUACAGCUUAGUAUCUAUGUGGCCUGGUUGCUAUCAGUAUCAUUGUACACAUGUACCUUCCAUGACGAUGAGCCAAUUUUUAGUUAGAAGAGUCCGCUCAAGGAUAGCUCAGCAUGCUACUAAGGUCCCAUGUGGAAUGUGAACUCAUUUCUCACAUGACAGCAAUUUUUUUUGUUGAAGUCUUCUUCCUUCUCUGUCAUGCUCCUUGGAAUAAUCCUUUAAGAAUUUCUAGUUGCUUCAA